AUGGCGUGCCCGAACUUAGAAGCGCUUACCGGAUUUUAUUGCUUCUACAACCAUACGUUCGACAGGUUGACGCACGCGCUCUCAACGAGAAAACAACUGCGGCUACAUGCCUGGAUCAUCGCCGAGAAUGACGAUGUUACCGCAAGGGGUCAGACUCAAUUACCUCCAGGCCUGCUGAAUGAUGACCAGUCAUAUCAGUUUGCGCUGUACCACGACCGAUGGAAACAGCUUGAAACACUUCUCCUCUGUUCACCUGGUGGUCUUGGAGUCAUUGAGCAUGAACUUUUCAUCCGAAUCCUCUAUUCUCUGCCUGCGCUCAAGAACUUGUGCGUCUCCUCUUUCGAUACAGAUGACUUUCACGAUAUGACGCUCCUUUCGCUUCCUCCAUGGGUCACUAGCCUGCGGCUUGAGGAGUGCUUAGGAGUGACCGACACCGGACUGACAAGGUGGGCUGCAAGCCCAAAUGCAGCGCAGAUCGAGCGGUUGAGUCUACUACAUCAGAACAUCACGGGCUUGUUGACCAUCUCGAAGGUCUUUGCGAGUCUGGGACGUCUGGCCAAGUUCACCAUCGUUCAGAGCGACGUUGUACCUUCCCUGCCGAAGGAAAUGCGGCAGGUGGUCGUACAGCCUUUGCUUGCGUCAAAAUCUUUACAAUUCCUGCACUGGGAUAUCUCGCCCCCCAAAGGAGGGGAUACUGAUAAUUCGGUGGUGGAACGCGGUCCAACAACUCCUAACAUGCAUCUAGCACUGUCGGUCUCACAUGGCGGCUUCCCACAUCUUCGACGACUACGAGCACCCCGAGAUACAUCUCCCCUUGGCAUCCUGCAGUCCGUGCGACGCGUCUCAUUCAAAUCACUACCGGCAAUUGAGGAGGUCGAACUCUUUGUGUGCGGCUCGUCUGAGAGCUCGAAAGAUUGA